AUGCAGAAAUGGGAUGGUUGCGUGGUUUAUGAUGCAGACUUUCUAUUCAUCAACGUAGUUGCAAAUUGGCCUGGAUCUGUGCAUGAUCCCAGAGUGCUCAGACUGUCACCACUUUUCGAGACAUUUGAAGGAAACCAGAGGCCUCUUCAAGGGAUCAUCCUAGGGGAGAAUUCUUCAGAAUCUGAAUCAACUUCCAGCAGCUCUGAGUCUGAGUCUGAUGAUGACAUGGAUGAAGACAACAACCCUAGCGAUGCAACAGAAAGAGGAAGGACAGCUGCGGAAAGGGGAUGGGGUGAAAGUGAUGAGGUUGGUGAAGAUGAAGAUGUAGUUGGCGGUGGGGAUGAAGAUGAGCGUGGUGAGGAUGAGGAUGGGGGUGAGGAUGAUGGAGGUGAGGAUGAGGAUGGUGGUGAGGGUAAGGAUGAUUGUGAGGAUGAAGGAGGAGAUGGUGAGGGUGCUGGGGGUGAAGAUGAAGAUGAGAGACAUUUUGGAGGGAAUGAGUGGAGUGAGAGCUCCAUGUCCUCCUCCUGUACAGCCGUCCAUUUCACGGCUUUUUACAACACCCAUGGAAGUAUUGAGACUCCUGUGAGGCUCAACACUUACAGGGAUGCCGCCAAAGGACGGCUCCCCACCCGCCACCGUGUCCAACAAGGGGAUACCGCUCGGAAGUCCUUAGCUGGUGUCAGGACUACCCUGGAGGUAUACUCCCAGUCGGACGGCAAGAAAUCUCGCCUUCCAACCAAGAUUGGCCAACAACAAAAAAAACGGUUCAAUAACCGAUUGUGUGCAGAAGGCCACUACACCCGCCCGUCUAGACCGAAUCCUGGGCAAAAGUGGCGUCUUGGUUUGGGAAGCCACACUUCAGCCACCAGGAUCCCCUUCCCCAAGUCAUACGGGUCGCACCCCACGGUCAACAGGGUGCCUCGCGCUGCGGGGAUUCAGGGUCCAUUUCUUGCUUGA